AUGACCGUAAUGACGAAAUUACGAUGGUAUUUCUUGUUCGUAUUAACAAGUACGGCCCAAUGUUUACUGCCUCGAUCGGUUUCUCAGAAUAUUUUGAUGUUGAAUCGCCAGACUGCCAGUAACGAUCAGAGGAAGGAGGUCGAGGUGUUUGAGAGAGUACAGUACUCAAAUUGCUCUGAUCCUGCCACAGAUAUAUUCGAGUUAUCGUACAUGGAAGUAUACCCACGUGCUCCUAAAAUUGGUGAUUUCUUUGAAGUCGCAGUUUCUGGGCGUUUCAAAGAAGACACAGGUGACUUACCAUGGUUCACCUUGGGAAUGGCAGUCAACGAUGUACCUGUUUCCCCGGAUGGGAUUCGUGGCGAAGGUCCGCUGUGCGAUCUUGAAGUUUUCCAAUAUAUGCAGUUCAAAAAUGACCGCGGUACGGAGUGGCAUCGGAGCUGUAGGCCAGGAAUCAAAGAGGGCUAUGCAAGAAUUGGAAUGCCGAUUUUGCAGAUAGAUCAGGGCGCAGAGGCUGCUAAAUACUCAUUACGCUUUGAUGCAACUACGGCGGAUGAGAGAAGUAUAUUUUGUAUUGAGUUUACCCAUCACUUGGAGAGGUGA